UAUUAGACAAGCUGAUUUUGAGAAGUUCAUCAGACUACAGUCAUCUACGAUCUAUUUACCUCAAAGAUGUCUUACCCAACUACUCUAGGGCUAAUUGGUGGUGGAGGAGGUGCUUCAUUUUCAUUUACGGGUGAGAACAAUGGUGCCAGUUUAGAGAAGAUCGGGGUCUGGGUGGGAGGAUGGCAGGUGAAGGCUGUCAAGGUUUGGCUUUCUGAUGGUAGAAAUCAAACCUUUGGAGAACCAGAUGGCCCAUAUCAAGAGUACACGUUCAAGCCUGGUGAGUGUUUCACCUCACUGUCCCUCUGGGGGAAUGGAGCAGGAACACGUCUUGGAGCCAUCAAAUUCAAGACCAACCAUGGUGGAGAAUUUUUUGCAUCGAUGACAAGCUGGGGUUUAAAAAAAGAAUAUCCAAUGGAUGUCGGCUCUGGUUAUUGUUUGGGAGUUGUAGGAAGAGCUGGUGCAGAUAUUGACUCCAUGGGAUUCAUGUUUCUCAAUGCAGUUCAAUCAACAGUCCUCACCAAUGUCAACUAUCCCACAAUAAACCAACUGAUACCAAAGGUGACAGUGGAAGAGAUCAAAUCUGUCACUUACACAAACGGUUCCUCUGCCAAACAACAGCAAAUGGUCGAAACCUCCAAGAAAGUUACCAAAACAUCUUCGUGGUCGAUGACUAACAGCUUUACAGCAACAUUUAGUGUGGAAGUGAAGGCAGGGAUUCCAGAAGUUGCAGACGUUUCUACAGGAUUCAGUUUCACCGUUGGAACAGAAAGCACUUACAGCCAUCAGUACACUGAUGAGAGAACCGAAUCUCUGACUACCACUGUAGAUGUGCCACCAAGAAAGAAGCUGGAUGUUAAAAUCACCAUCGGAAGAGCCGCAUUUGACCUGCCUUACACUGGCACAGUGAAGAUCACGUGCAAGAAUGGCGGUGUGUUACAGUAUGAAACCAAGGGUCAAUACAAUGGUGUCACUUACACUGAUAUAAAAGUGAAUACUAAAGAAUUUGAUUUGUAAUUUGAAGAAAGUUUAUACAUGCAACACAACACAAACAAAUUUGAUUUUACUUUUGAUUUGAUCAGUUAUGUAUCAGUUAUUCUACUUAUGAUUUCAGCGGAAAUUAAAGGGUUGUUCAGGGAAAAUAUAUCUUCAAUAUUUUUAUUCUCAAAAUAAUAUUUUACUAUUAGAAUCUUUCAGUUUAUUCUUUGUGUGAUCAUUUUAAUACCUAGUACAUCAAUUAUGUAUCAGUUAUUCUACAUUGAAUUAUAAUUUUCUUGGGUGUUUGGGUGUUCAGGGGAACUAUAUAUUAAACAUUGCUUUUGAAAUAAUAUUUUUGGAUUUUAAAACCGAAAUAUUACUAGCGAUUAUACUUCAUGUAAGAAUUUCAAAUGGGCUUAAUCUGAGCUUUGAUAAAAGGAUUACAUUUUAUUGAAUAAAUCAUGGUACACAUUAUCUGUUCCCUGUACAUGUCCUACUGUGAGGAAAACAUUACUAAUCAAUCCUAA